GCCUGCGCUCUAGUGGGCGCCUCUCCGGCGCAGGCGAAAGGCACCGCGGAGCCGGGCGGCGGAGCGAACCCGAGCCCCAGGGUUCCGGGGACUGGAGGGCAGCGCCGGCAGCCUAGGUAGGAUUCCGGAGCCUCGGGCGUUUCCCCCGAGCCUCUGAGGUCGGGGUGGGCAGCGCGGUGGCCGCGGAGCCCCGCGCGCGGUCUGCACAGAUGAGCGGAGAAGUCGGAGCGGCCACACGUGUUGUUGCCUAAGGGGACCCGGAGCCCCGCAGUCUCCAAGCUGGGCCUAGGGGCAGCGCAGAACAGCAGGUCGCUGGCCCGCGGACGUCCCCUACUAGCCUGUGCCUCUGGAAAGCGUGUCCGAGUCCCCGAAGGGCAAGUCCAAAGAGAAGAGAGUUACCCGUGUCCAAGGCGACUUGAGCUUUGCAGCUGAGUACGGACGGAUAGGAUCCAAAGCACCGUUCUCAAACUUGGUCGCACAUUGGAAGCUCUUGGGGAGCAUCCUGAUGCCCCCGUAACACCCCCAGAGACUCAAAGGAUUCUGACACUUCAUGACAUGUCAUUAUCUAGAGCAAUAAUGAACAUUGACCUGUUUCGGAUUAGUUGAUGACCUUUGGAAAUGAUCCAAUAGUAUCUACUACAGAGAAGCUGAAUAUACUUCAUUUGGAGUGAACAGCUCAGAUCGUCACUGGAUUUUUCAAGAUGACAGAUCCAAUGAUGGACUUUUUUGAUGAUGCCAAUCUUUUUGGUGAGACCUUAGAAGGUUUGUCAGAUGAUGCAUUUGUACAGCCAGGACCUGUUUCACUAGUCGAUGAAUUGAACCUGGGUGCAGAAUUUGAACCUUUGCACAUAGACUCACUCAACCAUGUUCAAGGUACUCCAACACAUCAGAAGAUAACUGAUUAUGAGCAGUUAAAUCAGUUUGAUUCAAUGAAAUUUCACCAGGUCAAUCAGCCUUUUGGUAGCCCAGCUGAACACGUGUUAUCUCCACACUCUCAGUUUAAUUGUUCUCCAAUCCAUCCCCCAAACCAACCCAAUGGUUUGUUUCCAGAUGUAGCAGAUGGCAGUCCAAUGUGGGGCCAUCAGACAGCUACCAGCAUUUCAAAUCAAAAUGGGUCUCCUUUCCACCAACAAGGACAUUCUCACCCUAUGCAUCCAAAUAAAAGCUUUGUGGUACACCAUGACUUUGCCUUAUUUCAGGCCAGUGAACAACAAACACAGUGCACUUCCUUACGCUCACAGCAAAACAGAAACAGUCUUAACCCAGGGCAAAAUUCUCUUAGCCAGUCUAAAAAUUUUAUGGAUGUUAAUGUUUCUGGUCCACACAGAGUCAGUGUUAGCCACCCAUCACAAAUUACGAAUGCAUCUACGUCGCAACAGUCUCUUUCAAUGCAGCAAUUUUCUCAAACAUCAAAUCCUUCAGUACACUUCCUCAAGUGUAGCAAUCACCAAGAAGGGAAUUUUAAUGGACCUUCUCCAAAUAUGACUUCUUGUUCUGUCAGUAAUUCACAGCAGUUUUCUUCACAUUAUUCCUUUUCCAGUAAUCACGUCUCACCCAACAGUCUUCUGCAGUCCUCUGCUGUUCUUGCACCUAAUCAUACAAAUCAGGCUUUAUCAGAUUUUACUGGAAGUAACUCCUUUUCACCUCAUAGGGGAAUCAAGCAAGACUCCACUCAGCAUAUGCUAAAUCCCAAUACAUCGUUGAAUUCAAGUAAUUUCCAAAUGUUGCAUUCAUCACAUCCUCAGGGUAAUUAUAGCAAUUCAAAAUUAUCUCCUGUGCACAUGAACUUCCCAGAUCCUGUUGACUCAGGAACUCAAAUGGGCCAUUUCAAUGAUCACGUAGAAACUAAUGGCUUUUCAUCUUUAGAAGAGAAUUUACUUCAUCAAGUAGAGUCUCAAACCGAGCCAUUCACGGGACUUGACCCAGAAGACCUCCUGCAGGAGGGUCUCCUUCCCCAGUUUGAUGAGGCAACAUUUGGACAGGAUCAUUCAAGUCAUGUUUUAGAUCAUGACCUUGAACGGCAGUUUACUUCACAUCUGGUAACUCGGCCUUCAGAGAUGGCUCAAACUCAGUUGCACAGUCCAGCUCGCAGUUGGCAUUCAUCACUUUCGAAUCAUCAGCAUUUACAUGACAGAAAUCGCCUAUAUUUACAGCGACAGCCUCCAUCUUCCAAGAAGAGUGACGGUUCUGGGACAUACACUAAGUUGCAGAAUACCCAGGUGAGGAUCAUGUCUGAGAAGAAACAGAGAAAAAAGGUGGAAUCAGAAAGCAAGCAAGAAAAGGCUAAUCGGAUAAUAUCAGAGGCCAUAGCAAAAGCAAAGGAGCGUGGGGAACGCAAUAUUCCACGAGUAAUGAGUCCUGAGAACUUUCCUAGUGCUUCAGUUGAAGGAAAAGAGGAAAAGAAAGGUAGACGGAUGAAAUCCAAGCCAAAGGACAAAGAGAGCAAAAAAACAAAAACUUGUUCAAAGUUGAAAGAGAAGACAAAAAUUGGCAAACUCAUUAUUACGUUGGGUAAGAAACAAAAAAGAAAGAAUGAGUCUUCAGAUGAAAUAUCUGAUACAGAGCAGAUGCCACGGCACACACUCAAAGAGGAAGACCCUCAAAAAAGAAGAUCAAAUCGUCAAAUUAAAAGAAAAAAAUAUGCGGAAGAUGUAGAAGGGAAACAAUCUGAAGAAGAGCUCAAAGGUUCUAUGAAAAUAAAAAAGAAUUCAGCUCCUUUACCUGGUGAACAGCCUUUACAGUUAUUUGUGGAGAAUCCAAGUGAAGAAGAUGCUGCAAUCGUGGAUAAAAUCCUGUCUUCUAGAAUUACAAAAAAGGAAGUAUCACCUGGAGUGAUGAUUGAUACAGAAGAAUUUUUUGUAAAAUACAAGAAUUACUCCUAUCUUCACUGUGAGUGGGCCACAGAACAGCAGCUUUUGAAAGAUAAAAGGAUCCAGCAGAAAAUCAAACGAUUCAAACUGAGACAAGCACAAAGAGCACAUUUCUUUGCAGACAUGGAAGAGGAACCAUUUAACCCAGACUACGUUGAAGUAGACAGAGUGUUAGAAGUCUCUUUUUGUGAAGAUAAAGACACUGGUGAGCCUGUUAUUUACUACUUAGUAAAGUGGUGCUCAUUACCGUAUGAAGAUAGUACUUGGGAACUAAAAGAAGAUGUAGAUCUUGCAAAAAUAGAAGAGUUUGAACAGUUACAAGCUUCAAGGCCUGACACAAGACAUUUGGAUCGUCCUCCCGCUAAUAUUUGGAAAAAAAUUGAUCAAUCCAGGGACUAUAAAAAUGGCAAUCAACUCAGGGAAUAUCAACUGGAAGGACUCAACUGGCUCUUAUUCAAUUGGUACAAUAGACGAAACUGCAUUUUAGCUGAUGAAAUGGGUCUUGGCAAAACCAUUCAGUCAAUUACAUUCCUCUACGAAAUCCUUCUGACUGGGAUAAGAGGACCUUUCCUGAUUAUCGCUCCACUUUCUACUAUUGCAAACUGGGAGAGAGAAUUCCGUACAUGGACUGAUAUUAAUGUUGUGGUUUACCAUGGGAGCCUGAUUAGCAGACAGAUGAUACAGCAAUAUGAGAUGUACUUCAGGGACUCACAGGGGCGUAUCAUUCGAGGAGCUUACAGAUUCCAAGCCAUCAUCACCACUUUUGAAAUGAUUCUUGGUGGCUGUGGAGAGCUAAAUGCAAUUGAAUGGCGAUGUGUGAUUAUUGAUGAAGCACAUAGGUUAAAGAAUAAAAAUUGUAAACUUCUUGAAGGUCUGAAACUCAUGAACCUGGAACACAAGGUGCUUUUGACUGGUACACCUCUCCAAAAUACAGUUGAAGAACUAUUCAGUCUUCUUCACUUCCUAGAACCUUUAAGGUUUCCUUCCGAAUCAACAUUUAUGCAAGAAUUUGGGGAUCUGAAAACAGAAGAACAGGUGCAAAAACUUCAGGCUAUCCUGAAACCCAUGAUGUUGAGGCGAUUGAAAGAAGAUGUGGAGAAGAAGCUGGCACCAAAGGAAGAAACCAUCAUUGAAGUGGAACUUACUAACAUUCAAAAGAAAUACUACCGGGCUAUUUUGGAGAAGAACUUCUCCUUUUUAUCCAAAGGGGCAGGGCAGACCAAUGUACCUAACUUGGUCAAUACCAUGAUGGAGCUCAGGAAGUGCUGCAAUCAUCCGUAUCUUAUCAAAGGUGCUGAAGAGAAAAUACUUGGAGAAUUUAGGGAUACGUAUAAUCCAGCUGCUUCUGAUUUUCAUCUUCAAGCAAUGAUCCAGUCUGCUGGUAAACUGGUCCUUAUUGAUAAAUUGCUUCCCAAAAUGAAAGCUGGAGGUCAUAAAGUGCUCAUCUUCUCUCAGAUGGUACGCUGCCUUGACAUCCUAGAGGACUAUCUCAUUCAUAAAAGAUAUUUAUAUGAGCGAAUUGAUGGAAGAGUCAGAGGGAACCUGCGACAAGCUGCUAUAGAUCGAUUUAGUAAACCUGAUUCAGAUCGAUUUGUUUUCCUUCUGUGCACCCGAGCUGGUGGGUUGGGCAUCAACUUAACUGCUGCUGAUACAUGUAUAAUUUUUGAUUCUGAUUGGAACCCUCAGAAUGACCUGCAGGCCCAAGCUCGUUGCCACAGAAUCGGUCAGAAUAAAGCAGUUAAAGUCUACCGACUAGUAACUCGUAACUCCUAUGAGAGAGAGAUGUUUGACCGAGCCAGUCUGAAACUGGGUCUAGAUAAGGCUGUGUUACAGAGCAUGAGCGGAAGAGAAAGUAAUGUUGGUGGUAUUCAACAGCUUUCCAAAAAGGAAAUAGAAGAUCUGCUUCGAAGAGGUGCAUAUGGUGCUAUUAUGGAGGAAGAAGAUGAAGGCUCUAAAUUCUGUGAGGAGGAUAUCGAUCAGAUUUUACUACGUCGUACAAAAACUAUCACAAUUGAGUCAGAAGGACGUGGGUCAACAUUUGCCAAGGCAAGUUUUGUGGCAUCUGGAAAUCGGACAGAUAUUUCCUUAGAUGAUCCUAACUUCUGGCAGAAAUGGGCUAAAAAGGCAGAAAUAGAUAUAGAUGCCAUCAGUGGCAGAAACAGCUUGGUUAUUGACACUCCAAGAAUUAGGAAGCAAACAAGACCCUUUAGUGCCACAAAAGAUGAGUUGGCGGAAUUAUCUGAAGCUGAAAGUGAAGGGGAUGAAAAGCCCAAACUCCGGAGACCCUGUGAUCGUUCCAAUGGCUAUGGAAGAACUGAAUGCUUUAGAGUAGAGAAAAAUCUUCUAGUUUAUGGAUGGGGCCGAUGGAGAGAGAUUCUGUCUCAUGGUCGUUUUAAAAGGCAGCUGAAUGAGCAUGAUGUAGAAAUAAUUUGCCGAGCCCUCUUAGCUUAUUGCCUUGUUCACUACCGAGGCGAUGAGAAAAUUAAAGGCUUCAUAUGGGAUCUCAUUACUCCAACUGAAGAUGGGCAGACACGAGAGCUACAAAAUCAUCUGGGCCUGUCAGCCCCAGUACCCAGGGGUCGAAAAGGGAAGAAAGUAAAGACUCAAACAAGCUCAUUUGAUAUACAGAAAGCAGAAUGGCUUCGAAAAUAUAAUCCUGAGCAGCUACUUCAAGAUGAAGGAUACAAAAAACAUAUAAAACACCACUGUAAUAAGGUUUUGCUUCGUGUAAGAAUGCUGUAUUAUCUAAAGCAAGAAGUCAUUGGAAAUGAGUGUCAGAAAGUAUUUGAUGGAGUUGAUGCAAGUGACAUUGAUGUUUGGGUCCCAGAACCAGACCACUCAGAAGUUCCUGCUGAAUGGUGGGAUUUUGACGCUGAUAAGUCCCUUCUUAUUGGAGUUUUUAAACAUGGUUAUGAAAAAUAUAACACUAUCCGAGCAGACCCAGCAUUAUGCUUCUUGGAAAGAGUGGGAAAGCCUGAUGAGAAAGCAGUUGCUGCAGAACAGAGGGCAAAUGAUUAUAUGGAUGGGGAUGUGGAAGAUCCAGAAUACAAACCUGCCCCAGCUAUCUUUAAAGAUGAUAUGGAGGAUGAUGUUUCUUCACCAGGAGAUCUUGUUAUAGCAGAUGGAGAUGGUCAGCUGAUGGAGGGUGAUAAAAUUUAUUGGCCAACUCAAUCAGCUUUAACCACACGUUUGAGGCGUCUCAUCACUGCAUAUCAGCGUACUAAUAAAAACAGACAAAUCCAACAGAUACAGCCCACGUUCUCAGUGCCUGCCAGUGUCAUGCAGCCUCUUUAUGAAGAAGCCACUCUUAAUCCUAAAAUGGCAGCCAAGAUAGAAAGACAGCAGAGAUGGACAAGAAGAGAAGAAGCUGACUUUUAUAGAGUUGUGUCCACAUUUGGAGUGGUAUUUGAUCCUGACAGAGGCCAAUUUGACUGGACAAAAUUUAGAGCUAUGGCUAGGCUGCAUAAGAAAACUGAUGAUAGUUUGGAGAAGUAUUUGUAUGCAUUCAUGUCUAUGUGUCGGAGGGUUUGUCGUCUUCCUUCCAAAGAAGAAUUGGUGGAUCCAAAUAUCUUUAUCCAGCCAAUCACAGAAGAACGUGCUUCAAGGACUUUGUAUCGCAUUGAACUUCUAAGGAAAGUACGGGAACAGGCCCUCCGACAUCCACAAUUGUUUGAACGCUUGAAGCUUUGCCAUCCAAAUCCAGACCUACCAGUCUGGUGGGAAUGUGGCCCUCAUGAUAGGGACUUGCUCAUUGGAGCUGCGAAACAUGGGGUGAGCCGAACAGACUAUCACAUUCUUCGUGAUCCUGAACUCUCCUUUAUGGCAGCUCAAAGGAACUACAGUCAAAGUAAGAUGGCUCCUUCAAGGACUUCUACCCCACUUUUACAGCAAUAUCAAGUAGCACUUUCUGCUUCUCCUCUUACCUCUCUACCUAGGCUCCUAGAUGCUAAAGGUAUUAUUCUAGAGGAUAUGAAAGUUAAAAGUGAAAAUCUUAAAGAGGAGCCUCAGUCUUCUGAAGAAGAAUCUAUGUCUUCUGAGGAAACCAGGACACUAAUAAAGUCUGAGCCUGUAAGUCCAAAGAAUGGUGUUUUACCACAGGCCACUGGAGACCAGAAAUCUGGUGGAAAAGGUGAAACAGACAGACGCAUGGUUGCAGCCAGAACAGAACCCCUAACUCCAAACCCAGCUUCUAAGAAACAGCGAGUCCACAAAAGAGGAUCCGAAUCUAGUUCUGAGUCUGACUCUGAUUCUGAGAGAUCAUCCUGUUCUUCCAGAUCAUCUUCUUCCUCGUCUUCCUCCUCCUCUUGUUCCGACUCUCGAUCAGGCUCUAGUUCCUCUUCAUCCUCCUCCUGUUCUUCAGCAUCGUCUUCAUCCUCAUCCUCAUCCUCUUCCUCAUCAUCCUCCUCCUCAUCUUCAUCAGAAGAAAGUGACAGUGAAGAAGAAGAAGUCCCAAAGCGAGCAGAAGGUACCCCUCACGUGAAAGCCUACGAUGAAGAAAGUGUUGCGUCACUGAGCACUACCCAGGAUGAGACCCAAGAUAGCUUCCAGAUGAACAAUGGGACACCAGAGUCCGCUUAUAUCUUACAAGGAGGAUACAUGCUAGCAGCCUCAUAUUGGCCAAAGGAUCGUGUGAUGAUCAACCGGCUGGACAGUAUUUGUCAAACAGUUCUGAAAGGGAAGUGGCCUUCAGCUAGAAGAAGUUAUGAUGCCAACACAGUGGCCUCUUUCUAUACCACAAAACUGCUGGACAGCCCUGGCGCGGCUACAGAAUAUAGCGAACCCAGCGUACCCACACCCCCAGGCGCCGGUGUUAAAGAAGAACACGAUCAGUCAACACAGAUGUCAAAGGUGAAGAAGCAUGUACGAGAAAAGGAGUUUACAGUGAAAAUCAAAGACGAAGGUGGUUUGAAGUUGACAUUUCAGAAGCAAGGGCUUGCUCAGAAAAGACCAUUCGACAGCGAAGACAGUGCCCUGGGGCAGCAACAGUACCUUGCUCGGCUUCGGGAACUGCAGAGUGCAUCGGAGACCAGCCUCGCCACCUUUCCCAAAUCCGUGCCAGUAUCAGGUACUUCCAUUCAGUCAACCCUUGGUGCCAAUGGAGUUAGAUUAGACAACCAGCCUAUAGUCAAAAAAAGGCGGGGAAGGAGGAAGAAUGUAGAAGGUGUUGACAUCCUCUUUUUUAACAGAAAUAAACCACCUAAUCAUGUAACUGUAGGCCUAACCAGCUCCCAGAUUUCUACAGGGAUAAAUCCAGCACUGUCCUACACUCAGCCUCAAGGAAUGCCGGAUACAGAAAGUCCGGUUCCAGUUAUUAACCUGAAAGAUGGGACAAGACUUGCAGGCGAUGAUGCGCCAAAGAGAAAGGAUUUGGAAAAAUGGCUUAAGGAGCACCCAGGUUAUGUGGAAGAUUUAGGAGCUUUUAUUCCUAGAAUGCAGCUCCAUGAGGGGAGGCCCAAACAAAAGAGGCAUCGGUGCAGAAACCCUAAUAAACUCGAUGUUAAUAGUCUUACUGGAGAAGAACGUGUUCAGCUGAUUAACAGAAGAAAUGCCAGAAAGGUUGGAGGUGCAUUUGCUCCCCCUUUAAAAGAUUUAUGUCGAUUCCUGAAAGAAAAUUCAGAAUAUGGAGUGGCUCCUGAAUGGGGAGAUGUUGUUAAGCAGUCUGGGUUUCUUCCAGAAAGUAUGUAUGAGCGUAUUCUCACUGGUCCCGUUGUGAGAGAGGAGGUCAGCAGGCGGGGGCGGCGGCCCAAAAGUGGAAUUGCGAAGGCCACAGCAGCGGCCACAGCUACAACUGCCAGCGGUGUUUCAGGCAAUCCUUUGUCAGCCAAUGGAUUACUUCCAGGUGUGGAUCUCACAACUCUUCAGGCCUUACAGCAAAACCUACAAAACUUGCAGUCACUGCAAGUGACUGCAGGGCUGAUGGGAAUGCCUGCUGGCCUUUCUUCUGGAGGAGAAGCUAAAAACGUGGCUGCCAUGUUCCCCAUGCUGCUGUCAGGAAUGACUGGAUUACCAAAUCUGUUGGGCAUGGGAGGGCUCCUGACAAAGCCUACCGAAUCUGGAACAGAGGAAAAAAAGGGAAAUGACCCUAAGGAGCUAGAAGGAAAAAAAGAAAGGACAGAGAGUCAAAAUUCAGAGAAUGGGGGAGAAAACUCUGUGUCAAGUUCUCCUUCGACAUCGUCUACUGCUGCAUUAAAUACAGCUGCAGCUGCCAACCCGUUAGCUCUUAACCCACUCCUACUCUCCAAUAUACUUUAUCCAGGGAUGCUUCUCACUCCAGGCCUUAAUCUUCAUAUUCCAACUUUGUCCCAGUCCAAUACUUUUGAUGUACAGAAAAACAAAAACAGUGACUUAGGCUCAUCUAAGUCCAUAGAAGUCAAGGAGGAGGAUUCCAGAGUUAGAGAUCAGGAAGACAAAGGAGGAACUGAACCCAGUCCUCUCAACGAAAACAGCACAGAUGAGGGUUCAGAGAAAGCCGAUGCUUCAUCUGGAUCUGAUAGUACAUCGUCGUCAUCCGAGGAUUCAGAUUCUAGUAAUGAAGACUGAUUCCCAGACUGCACUUAAAUUAUGAACUGAUUUUGGAUUUUUUUCUUUAAUUAUUAAUUGUAAAUACCCCAGUGUUGAGUGCAUCAAUAACUUACUGACCGAACAUUUCAGUUCUUUGUUUAGAAGUGCAAACUGCUUUCAGAGACGUUUUGCAUGUAAUAUUUCUUAAAAUUCCUAAGUUUCUGAACUCGUAUGUACUAUCAAAUACAUAAAGGUGUAAAAUUGCAACAAAAGGCAUUAUAAUUUUGUUGGGGGUUAAUUUUAUGAAAAUGAUACUCAAUGAGAGUUGUAUAUUUAAUAUAUUUGCAGUGAACACAGAAUACUUUAUGCAUAUUACUGAUUUAAUUUGAAUAUAGUUUUACAGCCUCCUUGACACCUAUAAUUUACAGAUCAAAACUCAGCAAUAAUUUGGGCAGCUAAUGAAUGUCAUGAAAGCUGUAGAAUCUACAUCGCCAUCCAUUGCUUUAAUUACAUGAAAAUGCUCUAGUGUUGUGACGCACUGCUGAUGCUUCCAAUUCAGGUACAAGUGUGUUUUCCAGAAGAAAUAAGUUUCCCAAUCAGCCAAUUUAACUGGCUACCUGUUACCUCAGCUGAGUUAGUUUAGGAAGUUUACAUUCGUUUCUAAUUCUAUACUUGUUUUCAGGGGUUUUUUAAACACAUCCUAUAUAUCAUGUUAAUCUGGCAAGAACUGUGACUUGCUUUUUGCUGAGCUUAACUCUGCUGUCGGUAAAAUCAAGUCAUAAAAUAAUCCUGUGUCACGUGACUUUGGCACCCUCUAGACAUACUUAGUUUCACUUUUUCCAAGUUUGGCCUCCUCUUAGAAAUAAUUAUGUCUCAGAUGAGUAAUGUCUGUUUCCAGGGUUCAGAAAAGGCAGACUCAUGAAAUGCCACUGAAAAGAACUUUCAACACAGCAUACUUCAUGUAAAAGAAAUUGUUUGUUUGCUUUAUUUGUGUAGAUUUCUAUUUGUGUUUUAUGUCAUGGAAAUAUUCCAGAAUUAACAGAGGAUAGUGGUAAAGUAAUAUGCAGAACAGUCUGAAUUCAUUUUGAGUUUCUAGGUAGAAGCAGAUGAAAUGUUGCCCAGAAUCAGUGUUGGGUUAUCAGUUUAUAUUAAAUAUACUGAGUUGGCCCAUUUUGAAUAUGCACUUUGAAUAAUCUCAAAAAAUAUAUACAAGUUAUACCUGUAAACCACAAAAACGAAGCCCAAGGCUUCUGAUCAAUUUCUUAGAACCCUUUAUCAUGCAAAAUCUGUCUGAUAUUUGAUUUGUGAUACAGUUUCUCCUGCUAAAGCUGCUAUUCCGACAAGAUGGAGAGGUCCAGUUUCACUUUCAUAUACAUUUAAAACAAUUAGAACUGAAUUGGAGUAAAAUACCAUUUACAUCCUAAGGAGAGAAAGAUGUUAGCAUUUUCUGGUACUUGAAUAAGUCAGUGAUAAAGUUUGCGAGGGGAUAAAUUUAGGGGGGGAAAGUACCCCACUUCUCUCCCAGAGGAAAAAAAUAACUUUCAGUGCGUUUUGAUAAAACUCUGUUGUUUUGUCAUGAACCCAGCAAUUAUAUUGGAUUUUCCAAGAUCUUUACCAGUAAAUUGUUUCUGUGUGUAAAAUAACUAACCCCUUAUUAGAGCGACAGUGUUACAUGUAUUUACAAAAUCAUAUAACUUCCAUUGGGAUUGUAUUGAUUUUUGUAUUUUCCCCAAAAUAGUGCUUUGAAUUGAUAGUCCUUUAUGCAAUGUCUUAGCAAUAGUCACUAAUGCCCAUCCAGGAGAAGUGGGUAGUAAUUCUUCAUCAUGAAAAUGAUAUAUUACAUAUUUAGUAUGUUCCCUUUGCAGUAUUGCACUUUUGUUUAACUAGAAUACACCUAUGAGAUAGCCAAAGUUUCUCAAACACAGUUAACCUGGUUUGCCGGUGAAAGUAUUUCAACAGCAUCCACAUUUCCCCCUCUCUCCCUCUAGUUCUACCCACAUGAUCUUUAUUCCUUUCUUUCCCCAAUUAAAAAAUAAAAGGAAAAAAAAAAAAGCCCUAGAUCUUAUCACUAAAAAUCUAAUUUAUAUCAAAUUUAUGAGAUAAAGUAUUUUCCUAAUUACGGUCAAAUGAAUUUGGUUAACAUCUUAGUGAUUCUCUUUCUAUGUAAUAAGGCAAUUUGCAGUUUUCAAAGCAUUAAUACUAACUUUAAAUGUUCUCUUGGGUUUCAAGACACUUCUACUUAGUAUUGAUUGGGGAAAAGUCGUCCAGCUAUCAGCUUAAAAAAAAUGCAUAAAUAUGGUUGUGUAAAGUUAAGGGUUAUAAGGAAAAAAAAAAAAUCAGUAGAAUUCCAUAAUACUAAAGUUGCAGUUGAAAGGAUAUCCAAGUAUGUGUUGGUAGUUACUAAAAGAAUUAUAGCUGUUAUUGCCUUGUAUUUAUAGCUCUUGUUUCAGGUUUCAUGAUUCAAGUCUUAGUCUAAUUUUUCUUUUGGACAUUUGCAAUAUUUACCAGUUGUGUUUUGUGUAGUCUGAAUUUGCUUUCUGUAGUUGAGCAAACGUCUUAAAAAGUCAUUUGUAAUUUAUUAAAUUACUUUCUAUGAUGUUCUAUAGAGCAAAUGGAAGUUUAAUUAUUUUUUAUUAAACAUAUUCUUUGACUACC